UGGUAUCUUCAAAUUAGGAACAAGAACAAUUUUACUAAAUGCAACUUUGUCAAAGAAAGUAGCCUUUCCAAGCAGUUACCGCGGAGUAUCAACUUAUAACAUCAUAAUGGAUUUGGACACUGUUGUUUCAAAACUAGAAACAUUAGCUCCAACUACUCUUGCUGAACCAUGGGACAAUGUUGGGCUACUGGUGGAACCCUCUCACCCCCAUAUUGUGAAUAGAAUGUUCCUAACUAAUGAUUUGACUGAAGAUGUUCUCAAAGAAGCAAUAGAAAAGAGAAGUGAUUUUAUCUUGUCUUAUCAUCCUCCAAUAUUUUCACCUCUUAAAAGAUUGACAUGCCAGAGCACAAAAGAGAGAAUUAUUGUGAAGUGUAUUGAGAAUCGAAUUGCAGUUUAUUCUCCCCAUACUUGUUAUGAUGCAAUGAAAGAUGGUGUAAAUGAUUGGCUAAUCCUGGCUAUUGGGAAAGGAAAAAUUGAACCUGUACAUUCUAUAACUGCUAAAUGUCAUGCAACAACUGGAGGCUUUAAGGUAGAAACUUACAUAAAAGAUGAAACACAGAAAACAACGAUUGCAUCAGACUUGAAGGCGAUCAGUGGAGUGGAUGUUGUCACAUUACCAACCUUGGAAACGAAUACAGUAAAACUUUCUCUUAACUGCACUGAUAAGGCAGUGCUUGAUGUCAUGCAAUAUUUAAAGAAAUACGAUGAUGUAAAAGGAAAAACAGAAAUAAUUGCCCUAUCUAAGCCUCCAAUACCUGGAGCAGGAUCUGGAAGAAAGGUGAAACUGGAUCAACCACUAUCAGUGUCUGCAAUUAUCCAGAAUGUCAAAGGUCAUCUGAAAUUACCAUAUGUGAGACUCGCACUUGGCAGAAAUAAAUCAACAGAUUCCAUUGUACACAAUGCAGCUGUUUGUGCUGGUUCUGGUAGCAGUGUUUUACAAGGAUGCAGUGCAGAUCUUUAUUUGACUGGUGAAAUGUCUCAUCAUGAAGUACUAGAUGCUGUAUCCAGGGGAACCACUGUCAUCCUUUGUGACCAUAGCAACACAGAAAGGGGAUACCUUUCUGAGUUGAGAGAUAAACUCACUGUAUUGUUUGAAGACAAAGUGGAUGUACAUGUCUCUGGAAUUGAUAAAGAUCCUUUGCAGAUUGUAUAAAAUGUUUUUCAAUUUCUGGAAAAUAAAUUUUUAAACAACUAUGCAAA